AUGCCUGCCACGUUGAUGCGCUGCCCCCUCCUACUCGGGCGGCACCCGGUGACCGCCCUCCGACACUCCUCCUCCUCCCGCAUGCGUCGUGUGCGCAGAGCCACGGGGGGUGGGAGCCAGGGGCGGCCACCGGCGUAUGGUGGGCUGCUACUCGAUGCUGGUGGCACGCUGCUGCAGUUGGCGCAGCCGGUCGCCAAGACAUAUGCAGCCCUCGGCCGUCCAUACGGUGUGAGGAAACCCGAAAAGUACAUCAUGGAGGGAUUCAAGCGUGCUUUCUCGGCGCCAUGGCCCAAGACGCUCAGGUACCAAGGUGAUGGGCGACCAUUCUGGAGGAUUGUCGUCGCGGAAGCAACUGACUGCACAAACAAUGAUUAUUUCGAAGAAGUAUAUCAGUACUAUGCACAUGGAGAUGCAUGGCGUCUACCUGAUGGAGCUUACAGAACACUGCGUGAUUUAAAAAAACCUGGAGUUAAGCUAGCUGUCGUAUCUAACUUCGACACACGGCUAAGGAAAUUGCUCAAGGAUCUCAAUGUCUCACAUAUGUUUGAUGCCAUUGUGGUAUCAUCAGAGGUUGGAUAUGAGAAACCUGCUCCAGAGAUCUUCAAAAUAGCAUUAGACCAAAUUGGUGUGGAAGCCAGAAAUGCAGUACACGUAGGAGAUGAUGAAACUGCAGACAAGGCGGGUGCUAACGCUAUUGGACUCAAGUGCUGGCUGUGGGGAGAAGAUGUGAAGAAAUUUUCUGAGAUACAGCACCAGAUCGUAGCAAAAGGCUCACGAUGA